AUGAAGCUCUAUGACGCCCCAGCAUCCAACCCGAUGGUAGUUCGCCUCUUCGUCCUCGAAAGAGGCGGCAUCAGCCUCGAUGUUGAGACCAUCGACGUCAUGACUAUGGAAAACAGAGACCUGGAAUAUAGAAAGAUCAAUCCCCGGGGAGAGGUUCCCGCUCUCAUUCUCGAUAAUGGCUUUGUCUUAACUGAAGUAACCGUUAUUUGCGAAUAUCUUGAUGAGAUCGCCCAAGGCGGCAAAUCACUCUUCGGCGAAACACCCCUCGAACGUGCCGAAACGCGCAUGUGGCUCAGAAGAAUGGAUCUUGAAAUUGCACAACCAGUCAUCUCAUGGGUUCGCAACGAUCCAGGAACAGCGGACUUCUACAUAAGACAUCGAAUUCCUAUACCCGAGGCGAGACUGGCACAGAAAGUCACCAUUCAACAGUAUCUGAAUCUGUUGGAUGAGCAGUUGGAGGGAAAGAAGCAUUUUUGCGGUGAAAGACUUUCAGCUGCGGAUAUUCACUUUUAUGCUCUGAUGAAAGGAAAAACGACGGGUAUGGCGCCUUGGAUACUUCAUCAGGGAAGGAAGAAUGUUGUCAAACACUUCGAGAGAAUGGAUGAUAGGGAGGCUAGUAAAAAGGCUUCAGAGGCCUUUGGGACAAGAGUCGAGGUUUAA